GCACUUCAUUCAUCGGGGCUCAGCGUGUGUAAAAAGUGGCUUAUUGUCGGCACUAAUGUUGUUGCAUCAGUUUCUCACGUUGUGCAGAAACGGUGAUGCCAAGUAAUUGAGGUGUACAAAAACCCCAUGUGCCUGAAGAAAGUUGAAAUACCUUGCCAUCUCUUUCACUGUGAACUACUGUCUCCCUUCGUAUCUCAUAAGUUAUUUGCCAUGCGCCGUUCCUCAUGGAAUUUUCCACCAAACAUAGAUUUACAGUCGAAAUUGGCAUGUGGUCAGGAAAAAAGCCACUCUCUGCAAAUUCAAUUGCCAUCCGACAUUCUGGUCGCUCCCUGUGGUGCUCCUCAUAAGUGCUAGUGAGAUUGUUCUGCAAAGCAUCGUGCAUUGUGAAAAGUGAUAUUGUAAAAAAAGUAACGUAUUGUCAAGUCCAUGAAGCUAUGAGCUGUAUAUGACCAUGGAACGGGGAACAUGAAGUUCAGUAUUAAAGUUGACUUGAUAGUUACCAGGCGCGAAAUUUCUUCGCACAUCAAUCGUCCGUACAAUAUCACUCACAAAUUGCGUGGCAUAAGUUGAAUCUUUUUUAAAAGAUUAAAAAAAUAUAUUUGAAGUGCAUAGUGGCUUUUAACUGGAUUUUCUAACCCUUUGAACCCCCUCUCGAAAGCUCUCCCAUGGAUUUUUCCAGUGAUCACAGCGAGUACAAAGUGGCUUUCAGUGAUUCAGCGUGAAGCACCGCGAAAAAAUUCGCUUUAAUGCACGAGAUUGGAUGAAAUUGGCGGAUCUCCGAAGCAGUAGAAGAAUCACCCGUGAAGUGUGAUAAAAUUGCAAACCUCUCAAUGAGAAAUUGAUGGUGAAUUAUGAAGACAAGGAAACAUUUGUGAUAGUUAGAUUUUAGUGAAUGAGUGUUAAUAAGUUGCAUAUAGGUGUAAUUUAUUUUAUUCAAAUGCUCAAUGUUUCUGCCCAGUCUUUCACAAUUGCGGAAACGAGUAAAAUCAGCAAAACAGCCCAAUUUAGAAAACAUUUCGACAGUAAACUUUUUAGUUUAAAUACGUUAAAUAAUUUGUAAAAAAAAAACUUGUGACGUGAGAUUCAACGACAGAAUGGACAACGUUGAAAACAUCUUUGCAAAUGACGAGGCACCUUACGAUGAUUUUGAAGGUGCCCAAUAUAAUGGCAUCAACAACAAUGAACCCGAAGAAAUCCCAUCAGUUUGGGUCUUUGGCUAUGGAUCACUGUGCUGGAAUCCCGGCUUCGAAUACACCAAAUGCAUCACGGGAUAUAUUCGUGGAUAUGUCAGGAGAUUCUGGCAGGGAAAUACCACUCAGAGAGGCACAACGGACAAGCCAGGACGAGUAGCCACUCUUAUUGAGGACAAGGAAGGCAUCACAUGGGGAUGCGCGUACAAAAUUGCGGGACCAACAGCGUUGGACUACCUGAAGCAGCGUGAAUGCAAACUCGGCGGAUAUAUCGUUGAAUACACAAAAUUCUUUCCCAGAGUAGCAACCCAGAACUUUCCUCACACUGGAGAGGCCUUCCCCGUGCUGCUGUACAUUGCCUCCGAUGAGAAUGAUCAGUGGGUGGGUGAGGAAUCACUGGCUUCCCUCGCCACUCACAUUGUUGAUGCCCAGGGCAUCUGCGGUCACAAUAUCGAAUACCUCUUCAGGCUGGCCACAUUUAUGCGAGAGGAAUUACCCGAUGCACAAGAUGACCAUCUGUUUGAGCUGGAGGAAAUGGUGCGGAAGCUUAUGAACAACAAAAAGAUCGCCCUUCAUGCUGUCAUGGGACGAACACCACAGAGAAUCCGGAGAGAUUCUCAUGAGGAGACACGGCGACCUAUCUCCUUUGAAUUCACAUCACGCGUGCCGGAAACCCGAUUGCGUUGCCUCAACAUAUAGCCAUUAAUAUCUACUCGAAAUACUGACUAGAAGAAUUUUAAUUAUAUAUUUCAUCUGAAUGUACUGACGAUACUGUCGCUUAUCUCAAAAUACAGCUAAGAAACAAUUUUUUAUGAAAAA